ACAGGGAUUAAAAUAGGUUAAAAUAGAUCUAGCAGGGAUCCAGUACAACACUUAAAAAUCUACCUGCUGAUGUUCUUCAGAGGACUCAGUCCUAAAGGGUCUCUCUAGCCCACACUGCCCUAGUUUCAUUUUAAGAAGGUGUGAGUGAAUACCCAGGGAGUCAAAAAAUGUGGGUUCAAUUCUAUUUCUAACUCACUAGGCAAAUCUUUUUGAAUGAGGUUUUUAGUUUACUGUCAGAGGGGGGCGGGGGGAGAGGAGAGAACACCAGAGUUGGGAAACCUUAGUUUUUCAAUUUUGGUAAGAGUUCUGGUAAAUGUUCUAAGGCGUAGGAUAUCCACAGCCUACCCUCCGCACCUCGCUUUUCAACAGAAGCUAGCUCGAAGGGUCCCAGUAAUUCCCAGUAACUUGAGCUGCUUUUUAAACGCCCGUUAACCGAGGAAAUUAAUGUUUCAGCCUGCACUCCAGAAGCCAGGCACAUGAUUUCCAAAUAGCAUUAAACUCAAACGGGUGCAGUAAGGCAGAUGGUAGGCGUGAGGUGUGUCCUUAGCUUGCAGCGGGGCCGUCUUCGAUGCCACACCAAAACUCCUUUUUCUGGGGAUUGUCACGACCCGGCCCAUCAAGGUAGCCAGAGUGAACCUUGAGCCAACCCUUUACCCAGACUCCACGCACGGGCCCCGCCUGCUCAUCAACGCCUUGGUUGUCAUGGUGAGCCCGGGGCGCUGCAGUGGAGUCCGGAAGUCUCUGAGCAAGCAGUGCAGAGCUCGAGGUCCCAGGAGGCUCUCGUUGCUAUGGUGAUGACUCCGCGCGGGGCCCUGUGCCAGCCACAUCCAAGGACUGGAGGAGGGUCCAGACCCCGCCCCCGACGUCAGGAUUCGGGAGCUGCGAGCCAGUCCCGCGAGGCCACUGUUGCUGUGGUGAUUUGCAGCGGCCUGCGCGCCAGAACCUGGUCUUUGCAGCUUUGUCUACAGAACACUGGAAGAAUGAGGUCCUCUUGGACCCCUCUGGGGCCCCCUGUGAGCCAGGAUCGAAUCAUCACCAGCUUCCCUAAGUGGUACACGCCGGAUGCCUGCCUGCAGCUCAAGGAGCACUUCCACAGCCAGGUCAGCACAGCCUGCCAGCACAGGAACACGGGCACUGCUGGGCUCAGACUCUCCAAGGUGGUGGUAGUUGGUGAUCUCUACGUGGGAAAGACUAGCCUCAUUCACAGGUUAUGCAAGAAUGUUUUCGACCGGGAUUACAAGGCCACGAUUGGUGUAGACUUUGAAAUCGAGCGCUUUGAGAUCGCAGGGAUUCCCUACAGCCUCCAGAUCUGGGACACAGCCGGACAGGAAAAGUUCAAGUGCAUUGCGUCUGCCUACUACCGCGGUGCCCAGGUGAUCAUCACAGCCUUUGACCUCACCGACGUGCAGACUCUGGAGCAUACCAAGCAAUGGCUGCAGGAUGUGCUGAGGGAGAAUGAGGCAGGUUCUUGCUUCAUCUUCCUCGUGGGAACCAAGAAGGAUCUCCUGUCAGGGGCAGCGUGCGAGCAGGCGGAAGCAGAAGCUGUGCAUCUGGCCAAUGAGAUGCAGGCAGAGUACUGGUCUGUGUCGGCCAAGACGGGAGAGAACGUGAAGGCAUUCUUCAGCCGAGUCGCCGCCCUAGCCUUUGAACAGUCUGUACUUCAGGACCUAGAGAAGAGGCCCAGCACCCAGUCCCAGGUCGGAGAUGGAGAUGGAGACCUAAUACGAAUAGAGGUACCGAAGACGCAGGAGAACAAAAGGCCACCUGGCCUGGGUUGCUGUUAACUGAGGCCAGCAUCAGAGCCAUCACAGGGUGUGACAUAGAGCCCAAGCUCUUCAGUGGACAUGCCUUAAAGCUGGAGAAGCCCUGUGUCUCCAGAGCCCAGCCAUUUCUCUUUAGCCGGUCAGCAGCCACUGGCUGCUGAAACCCCAUACUGCCUGGCUGGUUGAUGGGCACCAGGGUGAGCCUUCUCUUUAGGGUCUUCAGACUGUCACCGUGUUCUUAAGAGGCUCCAAGACUGCGAACUCGGGGCACCUCGGGCUAGCCCACGUCCCUUACCCAAUUAUACCAAUAACUGUGGGGCCCUUUCGUGUGGAUCCUCUGGGAUCUCCAUGUUCCAAGCACGGAGACUUGUCAGAGUGGGCAAGUAAAAUUAACCUGCCAUCCCAGGCAGAGUUCUCUCUCAUCAAGAAGAUAUGGGGUGGGGUUGGGGAUUUAGCUCAGUGGUAGAGCGCUUGCCUAGCGAGCGCAAGGCCCUGGGUUCGGUCCCCAGCUCUGGAAAAAAAAAAAAAAAAGAGUAUGUGCUGCUUUCCAUCUCUAGCACCCAAGUUGGGUGGCUGAUAACUGUUUGGGGGUUGGGGAUUUAGCUCAGUGGUAGAGCGCUUGCCUAGGAAGCGCAAGGCCCUGGGUUCGGUCCCCAGCUCCGGAAAAAAAAAAAAAAAGAACCAAAAAAAAAAAAAAAAAGAAGAAGAAGAUAUGGGGUUCUAGGCCUUUCAGCCUCAGACCUAGGGCUCCCUCCACCCACUGUUCAAACAUAAUAUGGCCCCUCUGGCAGAUUCCCGCCCCCACCUCUGAGAUUCCCCGUGGUUCUGCCCUAAGUAUUGACGGGUAAGAAGGCAGGCCUUUGGCUUACCACUGUGACUGUCCCAAGGGAUGGCAACUGCAUGGUGACCUCCGGAUCCUCACUAGAGGGAUCCCUGUGACCAUCCUGAGAGAUGACAGUGCAUGGUGUCCCUCUGACAACUCCCACAUCCCUGAGCCUGACACUGUCCUGUGUUGUCACCUAUGCCCAUCCCUGCUGGCCUCCCAUGUGUCUGUCCCACUGGCCUGCUUGUCUCUCAGGACUUUGGCAUCCAUCGGGCCAUGUACCUCUGGAGGACGUGGGACAGCCGGAAUCUAGCAUGCCUAACCCCAUUCUGCAUAUCAGCAGGAUGCAUCCUGUGUGGGUCCAGGGUCUCCCCUGACCACCUUACCUACUCUGUAUCCCUGUAGCUCUGGGUCUGGACUCUCCUGCCAUAAGAGGGUGGGCACACCUGGCAUUCCUAGCUGCUCCCCCUCCCCAUAGGCAGGGUCUCAUGGAACCCACACUGGCUUCCAACUCUAUACGUAGCUGAGGCUUAACCUUGAAUUUUAUUUACCCUCCAUCUCCCAAAUGCUAAAGUUACCAAACUGUACCACCAUACCUAGCAACACCCGCUUCUCAAGGAUGGUAAGCAGCUGUAGGCCGCCAUGUAGGUCCAUGCCCUUUUCUAAGUGCCUGGCAUAGCACAUCUCCCCAUGGCUGUCCAUUAACUCAGCAAUGGCCAAACAUCGGAGAGCACUGACCUAUCUUCCAGUUCAAUAUAACACUCAUUAGCAUUAGUGUGCCCUCUCCCUCCCCACUGCCCACCCCACUCUGAAACAGUGUGUCACUCUGUAUAUACUAGACUGGCCUUGAGCUUGCAACAGCCCCCUGCCUCUGUCUUCCAAGUGCUGGGGUUACAGACCCGAAACUCAUAAUUUGGCUCAAGGCCUUUUAUUCUAAAAAGUAUAUAAGACAUCUCUUUAAAGGAUUUAAUGUUUGGUAUUAAACGAGGUGGUGGAGCAAUAAAAAAAAUGCAAGUA